UAUUUGUGUUACCUAAUGAUUUGUGUAGUUUAGAUGUUUGUAUUUUUGUCUAUAUAUUAAUUGGUUCAUUGUACUUGUGCUGAUUAAGGAUAUUCACCACCUUUUUUUUAUCUGCUGGGUUUGGCUUGGUUUUAACUUUGUAGAUUGACAUUGUUGAUGUUGUUUGUGGCUGCUUUGUUUCUUACUGUGCAUUGAAGUUGAAUGAGUGAUUUGGCUAUACUUUGUUUCAUGUCGAUGUUGAAGAAGUAUUGAUGUCGGAAGCGUGUCUGUGCUCAUAAAUGUCAAGAAACUGGCAGCAGUUUCGGUGCUUGGUAGAUUUUUGAGUUAAAUAACUGCUGUCAUACGAGCACCAUAGCUACUGUGUUGUCGUCGCCGUCAUCUCUCUGACUUUCUGUGAAUGUAUUGUGCUGCGUGUGUGUGCCUACGGCUAUUGCCUUAUGUUUCUGUUUUCUGCCAAUUAUUAGCAUUAAUAAGACCUCGGUUAUUUUUUGUCAGGGCCUGAUUUUAGAGUUCGCUUUAGAUCUCAAUAAAUGUUGGGCCCACGCUGGCUAGCAAUUUAAUAAACGGCACAAUUUUUCAUCAUUUGAUCUCUGUAUGCAUAAGCGUAACCAUUUGUUUGAAUCUGCUAUGACCAUCAAAUGGUGACAGUAUAAGUUGUUUAUUGAAUUGGACAAGUUUUGAUAGCUGGUAUGGAUGCACACAGCUCGGGGCACAGUCAAAUAAUUGAAAUCAGUGUAGAUCUUAAUGAUCCAGGAAGGAAGAUUUGUGGGGAAGCACCAUGUGGAUUCUUAGAUGCUGGAUCCAUCUCUCUGGAUUCCAAAGAACGUUCAACUUCCAUGCGGAAGCUUUUGAUGGCAGUGGUCCUCUGUGUUAUUUUCAUGACCGUUGAACUAGUUGGUGGCAUCAAAGCAAACAGUCUUGCAAUAUUGACUGAUGCAGCACAUCUUCUUUCUGACGUUGCAGCGUUUGCCAUCUCCUUGUUUUCUUUAUGGGCUGCGGGAUGGGAAGCUACUCCUCGUCAAUCGUACGGGUUUUAUAGAAUAGAGAUUCUCGGUGCUUUGGUUUCUAUCCAGUUAAUAUGGCUGCUUGCCGGGAUUAUUGUAUACGAAGCCAUAGAUAGGCUCAUUACUGGUUCUAAAAAUGUGGAUGGGUUUAUAAUGUUUCUAGUUGCCGCAUUUGGUCUUGUGGUUAACAUAAUUAUGGCUGUGUUAUUAGGUCAUGAUCAUGGCCACGGUCAUGGUCAUGGUCACGAUCAUGGCCAUGGUCAUGGCCAUGACCACGGACACAGUCAUCAUGGUCACAGUCACGGACUUACAGUUUCUACUCAUGAUCUUACAAAAGACGACGAGCACCAUCAUCAUACUCACGACAACCACACUCACCAUGAUGAAGAGAAUCAUUCAAAAGAUCCACACAAUCAUACUCACGAAGAUCACAUUCACCAUCACACCGGCGAAGGUGUUACUGAACCACUUCUUGCAGAAUCAAAAGACAAGUCCAAGAAGAAGAGAAACAUAAACGUGCAGGGCGCUUAUCUCCAUGUACUCGGCGACUCCAUCCAAAGUAUUGGAGUAAUGAUUGGAGGAGCAGUGAUAUGGUAUAAACCAGAAUGGAAAAUAGUUGAUUUAAUUUGCACUCUCAUAUUUUCAGUAAUUGUUUUAGGGACAACAAUCAACAUGUUGCGAAACAUUUUGGAAGUUCUAAUGGAAAGCACGCCUCGAGAGAUCGAUGCUACUCAGCUUGAAAGGGGGAUAUUAGAUAUUGAAGAAGUAGUGGCUGUUCAUGAGCUGCACAUUUGGGCCAUUACAGUUGGGAAGAUUUUAUUAGCAUGUCAUGUUAAAAUCAACCGCGAUGCCGACGCAGAGGUGGUGUUGGACAAGGUUGUAGACUACAUCAGAAGGGUUUAUAACAUCAGUCAUGUAACUAUACAGAUAGAGCGUUAGUUUUCUUUCCUUCUUAUUUUCUAUUGAUUGUUAUGAUGGGAGGAAUUUUCAGAUUAGACUAGUUGCCAUUGUGUUUCAUGAACUCAAAUCUCUUCAGUACAAUCAUAAUAAUACUUCCUUACUCUUGUUUCUA